AUGCAUUUGCCACCAGUUACCCAGGAAAGCCUCAACCUGCUGGGCCCUGCAAGCAGCUUGUGCUUGGGAGCGUUGAUUUCCAUCGUCUCUGGCAACCUUAAUCCAAACCCCAUCUUACCUCCUCCUUCUACUCAGCCUGAAAGAAGAUGCUCGUGUAACUCGGUUCGCAUGGAUAGAGGCACCGAAGCUGGAGCGACACCCGUGCUGGUGAUGUUUAUAAACUGUUUGUCGGAGGCUUUGGCCUGCUGCUCCCGGGGAGAUGCUUGGCAGACACGUCUGCUGCAUGUGGAAGCCUUAUCACGACAUUUAAACGCAAAUCCAUAUGCGUGUGUAAAUCUUGCACGGGUUCGCACCUCUACCGCCGCUUUACUUCUAGACAAGGCAUCUUUUCUUACAAAGAAGCUAAAUAUUGGUGGGAAAAGAGUAAACCUUGCAAUAUGGGAUACAGCUGGCCAAGAAAGAUUUCAUGCACUGGGGCCGAUCUACUACAGGGAUUCUAAUGGCGCUAUUCUAGUAUAUGAUAUAACAGAUGAAGACUCUUUUCAAAAGGUAAAAAACUGGGUUAAAGAAUUAAGAAAAAUGUUGGGAAAUGAAAUCUGUUUAUGUAUAGUAGGUAAUAAAAUAGACUUGGAAAAAGAGAGACAUGUUUCAGUGCAAGAAGCAGAAACGUAUGCUGAAUCUGUUGGAGCAAAACAUUAUCAUACUUCAGCUAAACAGAACAAAGGAAUUGAAGAACUGUUUCUUGACCUUUGUAAAAGAAUGAUAGAAACUGCUCAAGUGGAUGAAAGAGCAAGAGGCAAUGGUUCCAGUCAGUCAGGAAUAGCAAGGCGAGGUGUACAGAUCAUUGAUGAUGAACCACAAGUACAGAGCAGUGGAGGGUGCUGUUCUUCUGGAUAAUUAUAAAACUGUGCAUCACUGCCCUCUCAAUAUGAAGACUGCCAUAUUCCAAGUCACGCAUUCUUUACCAAUGGAGUAAUAGAAUUAACAGUAUUUAAAAAUAAUCACAUGUAACACUGCAGAGACCUUAAGUGCUAAACUAGUGGCGUCUGUGACCAGAGAAUUGGCAUUUUCUACAGUGGUUAACAAAGCAAUUACCAAUGGCCUUUUUACAUAUUUUUCUUUAAUGAGGAUUAAUAUGCAUGUAGAAAAGACCUACUUAAAGGCUUCAUUUAUAUUCUUUUAAAUCAGAUCAUUAUUUAAUAACUUAUAUACAUUGUUGUUGGAAUGGUAUACGUUUUUGCAGCUCUUUGUAUUUUGUGGUAGAUUGAAUUGUAUCACUUCUAAAAUGCAAAUUGAUUUUUUUUUUUUAAAUUAGCAGAUAUCUGAAGUAAUAUUUUUGCAGGGCCUCCACAAGCCUAUAACUGUCAACUACUUUGAUAUAUUCUGUUCAUCCUGUAUGCCAAGCUGGUAAAAUACAUUGUAAAUUACGUAUUAAAUAUUUUAUCUGCUUUUACAAUUGCAGGUGCAGAAAUAUGUACAUCAGUCUUGUCAGUGAUUGUGAAGUGAAUAAGUCAGUGAAAGAUGCAAGCUUUUCAUGUGUACUGUUGAAUUGCUCAUUCUAUUCCUCCUACCUGAAAACAGCUUUUUUUGGUACAUUCAUAGCUACAGCAUUUUUUUAAAGCCUUUUCUGGCAAGCAGCAGUAUUUAGAGUAUGCCCUUAGCGGGAAGAGAAUGCUUCCUUAGACUGCUGUUUAAUAUUGAGGUGUUUGACUCCCAGCUAAAACAGUUGGCGCAUGCAUAUCUUUUGCCUCUGCAGUUACUUUGGCCUCUCACAAUAUCCCCAGAAAGUCAAAGCAACUUUAGCCUUCAUCUCCCUGGUAGCUAGUAAACCAGAUGCAAGGAAAACUCUUAAGCUGCAUUAAUACAUUUGUGUCCCAAGACAGCAUUAUAAACUAUUAAUGAGCAUAACUUUUUCUCCCCCUGUAUUGCAGGGCUUGAGUGAACCAAUGAAUUGGCAUUAACUAGAACUGCUUCUGAUUUGGAGUGAUUAAAUGGAAGAUAUGAAACUUGCCAGAUGUAAUUGUAACUUUGGAGAUACUAGACAGAACUGAACUUACUCCUGACUUGCUC